AUGAUUAUUGAAAAGAGAGAACGUAUGGAAAGGAUGGAAAUGGUUAAACCAUUGAAACCUUUGAUUGAUGAUUUAACAAAUUGUGAUAUAAAUGAAUUGCCACUGAAAUUAAAUUCAAAUUUACAAUGGGUUAGACCAAAAGGUGAUUUAUUUGAUUGGAUUCCAGUAUUGAAUAGAAUAGAUCAAAUAUUUGAAGAUAAUAUUAAGAAAUAUGGAUUAAAUGAUGAAUGUGUCAAAUUACAACUUAUACCUAAAUCUGAUGAAGAUUUAAUUAUUGCAUGUCUUCGAUUUACAACCACGUUGUUAUUUCAUUGUUCUGAAAGACUGAUUUAUAAUAGUAGUGAGAGAAUUUAUGAUUUGAUCAAUACUCCAUCAAUUGAAAUUAGAUUGAGAGCUUUGGAAGUUGCAGUGUUAAUUGCAGAACGAUUUAUUCAAACCAGUUCAUCAAAAUAUGCUGCUCCUAAACAAGUAAAACAAAAAGUAUUAGAACUUGCACGAUCAUAUCCUCCUAUGGUUCCUAUAGAUAGUGCAUUAAAGCAACUGCAUAAAAAUAAUGCUCAAAAGAAGGAUGAGAAACCAAGUAUCGUUGGUGAUCAUUUCAAUUUUGUUGACACAUUAACUACCAAAAAGAAAUAUCCUAGUAAAUGGAAAAGCAUCAAUUUUCAAUAUUAUAAAUCUGCAUUAACAUCCUCAUCUGCUCCAUGGGAAGGUCCAUCUACUGUAUCUACAUCUACUACUACAUCAUCCAAAGAAGACAAAUCAAAGCCCGCCAAGAAGAAACAGAAGAAGAAUUUGGUUUUACAAGAAGGUUUGGAAACUUUUACAAUCCCAGAAGAAUCAGUUAGAAAGUUAACAUUAGAACAAAUAUAUGAUAAAGCCUCAAACGUUUUACCUAAAGAAUUUUGGUUUUCCUUUGGAAUUCAAGCAGCAGUUGCUAAAUCCUUCAAUACGAAAUCAUAUGAAUCCAUAAAAUUAAGACAAAAAUUGUUACAAAUCAAAUGUCUUGCUGUUGGAUUUAUCUGUAGCAUGUGCUCGACUCAAAGCACAUCAUCUAAAUUAUUGGAGGCUGAACCAUACAUAUUUAGUUUCUUAGUUGACGCAGUACUGCCUGAAAAUGAAGAUAGAGUACCUAGAGAAGUUUACAGAACUGCUGUUACUGCCCUCACAUGCAUUUCAUUGAAGAAGGUAUGGGGCGGCGAUAUUAUACGUUGCAUGGGUGGUAAUGUUAGUCAUGGGGUGUUAUUUCAAUGCAUAAGACAAAUCUGGAAGAAAGUUUCGAAUGAAGAUGACGAUUAUGAUGAAGAAGGAUAUAUUCGUUUCUUUAGUAUGAUUGGUAAUAUGAUAAAAACUAAAAGUUUGAUUCAAAAGUUAUCAGCAGGAGGGAUAUUGAACGAUUUAAUGAAGUUUUUAAAUUUGAAAUCGAAAUAUAGGUGGUCUUGUUCUGCUGCGACACAUUUAAUUUCAAUUUAUUUAAGUGGAUCUCCAGAUUCUUUAGAUGACUUUGUGGCAAAUGAUGGAUUUAAUUCUUUGAUUGAUACCAUAAGAUAUGAAGUUGAUUUUGCAUUAGAAAACCCUGAUUAUGGUGGUGGUGCUCCAAAGGAUGCAAUUGUUCAUUAUACAAUUUCAUUCAGACAAGCUAAUUAUAUCAGGAAUUUAAUGAUUUUAGUUUCAGAUAUUAUACAAUCAGAUGUUGGAGAUAGAUUAAGAAAUUUAUUUGAUUCUCCAUUACUUGCGAGUUUUAACAAGAUUUUACAAAAUCCAAGUAUUUUUGGUCCUUUGAUAUUAGCAUCCACAAUUGAUUCAGUAUUUUACAUCAUUCAUAAUGAACCAACUGCAUUUUCCAUUCUUAAUGAAGCUAAAGUUAUAGAUACAAUUUUGGAGAAUUAUGAACAUUUAUUUUUACCUUCAAGUACAUUAUUAGUUUCAUUGCCAGAGGUGCUUAGUGCAAUUUGUUUAAAUAAUGCCGGUUUAAGGAAAGUGAAAGAAAAGGGCACAAUUUCAACCUAUUUCAAAUCAUUUUAUAAUCUUGCAAAUGCAAAGGAACUAAUUAGAUCCGAUAUGGGCACUAAUUUAGGAUGUUCAUUUGAUGAAUUAGGAAGACAUUAUCCAUCCCUAAAGCCAAUUAUUCUAGAAGAAGUGAAGAAAUUAGUUGAAGAAAUUGCAGAUCAUGUUGAUGAGAAAUUGCAGGGUGUACAAUUUUAUAAUUCAAAUGCAGGAUUACUUUAUAAAGAUUCUAAUGACGAAUCAGGCAUUCAUGAAGAAGGUGCUAAAGAAAUUGAAUGUUGGGAUACUUCUGAAUAUGCAUAUAUUAUUGACAAUGUCUUUUAUUUCCUUGGUGGAUUCCUUCAAGAUAGUGGACAAUGGGGAGCUGAUGUUAUCAGAAAAAUCAAAUUUGAAUCUUGGAUUAAGUGUUUGACAUUGAAGAAUGCACCUUAUGAUUAUAUUGUGUCUAAUGGUAUAUCAUCAUUUAUGGGAAUCUUGAAAUAUUUUGACGAUGAGAAUAGAGAAUAUGGAUUACCGGUUGUGAUCCAAAAAUUAACUGACUUACUUGAGACUAAGGAAGUACAGAAUUAUAUUUAUUAUGAACAUUCAGAUGAAUCGUUUUUUUCUACAUUGGAUCAUGAAAGUGGUACAAGACUUUUACAGCUUUUGAAUUCCAUUACUAUAUUAUUGUUUACCAUUACAGAAAUUUAUAUCAACUUAGGAUUAAUGUUCCCUGAAAGAUUAGUUCAAAUUGUGAAUCUUUUCGGAGGUUAUGGAUUAACUACAGCCACCCACUUGGGAGCACUUUUACAACGAAGCAUCAUUGAAGAAACCAUUACAAGAUCCAAUAUUCCGAAAGAGGCGUUCAAACUUACUACAAUUAUUGCAAAUGGUGUUCCUCCGUUACAAGCCCAUUUAGAAGAACCAUCAGAUACGCCACCGGAACCAAAUGGAACAAGUGCCAAGUUUAAGAAUACAUUGCAAAUUAGGUUCUUUAGUUAUUAUAUCCAAAGCUAUGCUUCAUUAAUAUUUGCUUCUAUCGCAAGAGCUUCAAUUCCAAAACGUUUAGAUUUUACUCAAUAUGAUGUUAGGAGGCAAGGUGUUGAAAUUAUUGUAGAAAUUGGGAAGAUAUUCACAGAUGCUAUCACCAGAACAUUCGAGAACAAAUAUUAUCAGUAUAGUUAUAUAAUGGGGGUGGCUAAUAUUGCUUUAUAUGUAUUAUCCCAAAAGGAAAGAAACAAGGACAUGGUAUGUACGGGGCUUGCGAUUUCAUUUGUACAGAAUGGAUUUUAUGAUAAGUUACUGAAAAUUAUAAUUGAGUUAUGGAAUAAAUUAUUAGAAAUGGAUCCUGAAUCAGUCAAGGAAACUCUUGAUCUUAAGUAUCUUAGUGCACAUGAGAGUAGUAUUGUUAAAAAUGCCUUAAGUCAAUCGUUAAUGAUAUUUGCCAAAUCAGUUAAUUCAGAUAUAGUUCCCGAUCUUCCAAAUGCAAAGCUUUAUUUUGAAUCUGGUUAUGACGAUGCCGUGGAUCCACAUUUGAUAUCGACUUUGUUAAUUAAUAUUAGAGGUAUUGCAAUUGAUUUAUUAUCGACUAUAGUUGGAUCAGAAUCGAGAUUACGAAUUUGUGGAAAUGGUGAAUCUCCAGCUAAUAUCCCAUCACCUUUGAUUGAACAGAUCAUAUAUAUAUGUAAGAAUAGUCUUCUGGAAAAAGGGGAGCUAAAAGUACAAUCAAUUGGAAACUAUCGAUUUUUACCAUUUGAUAUUAGAAAUGUUUCUCCACCAUCUGAACAAGUUGCAUAUUUGAUUUCACUCGGAUUAUCAGAAUUCCAAGCAAAUCAUUUCUUCAAACAUGGACUUUCUUUAAGUGAGGUGGCAUCUGGUGCAAGAAUUGAUUGUUCUCAAUUGAAUAUUGGUGGUGCUAGGUGGGAUGAUCUUGCGGAAUCCAUAAAGGAAGAUGAUAUUGAUUUUAGUAUUGAUUUUCCUCAUUAUAAAACUAAUUCUGAGAUUUUGGUUGAACGUCCAAUUUUUAAAGAAGAUUUUGAAGAAGAUUGGUUGUCCAUUGGAAAGUUGUAUCCGAAGGUAAUACCCGUGUUGGCUGAUUUAUUUAUAUCAAAUAAUCCGAGAGAAUCAAUUCAAGAAAUUCGUAGGGAUCUUAAAUUGUUAGGUGGAAGUUCUGAUUCUGAAGCUUUAGGUGUCGAUUGGCAAUUAUUGGCAUUGUUGCUCCAAAAUGAAAGACCGGUAUAUGGGCCAAAUGAUCCAUAUGAAGAUUUUGUUACUGAAUUAUUGUCAACAGGUGUUAUAUCUAAUGAAAGAGUAAAUGAACCAUAUAUUCAAUAUGUAAUGGCUGUAUUAGAACAAGUAAUAAUCUUCAAAACUGCACCGAUUGCUGAGGAAACAAAACAUGAAAGUAUCAGAGUUACAUCCAAUAAUAAAUACUACUUGAUGAAAGAUUUGGAUAUGGAUAAGAUCUUCGAAAGUAUCUUGCAAUUAAAGGGAAUCACAGAUCCUAGAUCAGCCAACGGAAUAGCCCGUGUUCUUGCUUUGUAUGCUAAAGACCUGAAGUUUGCGGUUGAGAUUGCCAACAGUAAUUUAUUGAGAGAAUUAAUCCGGAUUCCUAAGCAAAUCAUUAAAGACAAAGCAGUUUAUGAAUCAUUGAAAACAAGUUUGGUAUUAAUUGUCAGAUAUUGUUUUGAAACGGUAGAUAUAUUGAAGUAUUAUAUGACAAAUGAAUUGACUGGUCUACUCACUGGUAGUUUCAGACAGAUUAGAGACUUGCAAUCUUGCUUGAAGGACAAUUCGUCACUUAUUUUACGAGAUGCCAAUGUGUUUGUUGAUGUGAUUUCUAAGGAUGUGAGAUUGGAUGGCUAUGGAGGUGGUGAAUUUUUUGCUAAUAAGAUUCCAGUAAGAAAAGUUUCCAAACAAGAGCAAGAAUCAGAGGAUGUUGAAAUGACGGAUGCGGAAACUAGUACCAGUAGUCAACCAAAACAAAUUGAAUCAACUACUAUUGUCAGUAUGUUGUUAACGGAAUUAAUGAAUGUUGCUAAAACCGAUUGGAUUUCUGAUCCUGUUCAGGAAGAGCCCAAGAAGGACACUUCGAAGAAAGAUAAUCAAUCAGAUUUGUUUGCAAAUGAGAAUUUCGCAUAUGCAUGUUUCCUUAUCCAAAUAAUUACUGAACUUUUGGGAUCCUAUAAACAGGCGAAGUUUGAAUUUUUGACGUUUUCGAAAAAGUUGCACCCUGAUGAACCAUUGAAACCUAGAUCUACAGCUUUGAAUUUUUUUAUCCAUCAAUUGAUUCCAACUCGUCUGUUUGAAAAGCCAUCAGGAAAUCAAUUUGAAAGACGUUGUGCUAUCUCAUCCAUUGCAAAAAUGUCUCUUAUGGCAUUGAUUUCUACCCCGAUUAUUGAUGAAAAGAAUGAACCAAGUCCAAAGAAAGAAGAUGCAGACUUGGGAUUUAUUAGAAGAUUCUUGGUUGAAAUAUUGAUGAAGAUUAUUAAAGAAACUGCAACUAUGAAAAACUUGGCUCAAGAAAGAUAUGGAAAAUUGUAUGACUUGUUUGAAUUGACGGGUUUAUUGAUAUCCACAAAAUUCCGUGAUGCUGCAGGUCCGUUAUUAAACAAAUCUGCUUCCAAAUUUGAUCAAUACUAUAUCACUAAAGUAUAUGUUGAAAAGCAAGUGGCAAAUAUUUUGACAGGUUUAUUAGCAGAAUUAGAUUUGAAUUUCCCAGACGUUGAUAAGGUAAUUAAAGCUACCCUUAAACCCAUUGCAUUUUUAGGUAAGAGUAAAGUUGAUUAUCAAGAGUAUUUUGCCGACGAUAACCAAGGAGAUAACGAAGAUGUGGAUGUUGAACCUGAAGAUGUGGAUGACAGAGAAGAGACUCCUGAUUUGUUCCGGAACUCCACUUUAGGAAUGUAUGAUGUUGAGUUUGAUAGUGAAGAAGAUGAGGAUGAUGAGGAUAUGUACUAUGACGGAGAAGGUCCAUUAGAAGUGUUAUUAUCUGGUGAUGAGAUUGUUGAUUCUGAUGAUGAUUCUUCGGAAUUAUCAGCUAUAGAUUCGGAUGAAGAAGGCGAUGAAAUUAGUAUGGAAGCUGUCGAAGAUGAAUCUGGUAUUGACGAUGAAUUUUUCGAAGGUGAUGAGGCUGAAGAUUCAGAAGGAAGCUUGGGAGAUAUUGAAAUUAUUGAUGAAUUAGACUUGGGAUCGCAUAGCGAAGGUGAAAGUGGUGACGAAGGUUCUUCUGCUUCCGGAUUUUAUGACUUUGAGGAAGAUCAAGACAGUAGUGAAUAUGAUGAAGAUGAAUUAGACGGUUGGAUUGAAGAACUUCAAGAUGGAGAACCAUCAGAAGAUGAAGAAGUUGAUGGGGACCAAGAAGAAAAUGCUGCAAACAGAGUAAGAAGAGAAAGACAAAUUCAUUUUGAAGAAAAUGAAGAGUCUGAUGAAAACUUAAGUGACGUUGAAUCCACUCUGGAACUUGAGCUUAAUUUGAAUAGUCCAGGUAACUUUGUUAGAAGAUUGAUAGAUGAAGCCGGAAUUACUGCAACCCCAGAACUUUCCAUGCUUUUCAAUAGUUUAUUCCGUGAUGUUGGGUUUAGAGGAACAAUUGAUAUUUCACAAGAAGAUAGUCGUGUUUUACCAUAUCCUGUUGGUCGAUUCUUUGAUACGAUGUUCCCUAUUGGAAAGCAACAAAAACAUGUUGAUCACACUCAAGAAUUUCACGUAAAAUCCACAAAGGAACGUUGGGUUGAUGCAAUGAGAAUGUUUUAUCCUAAGGACAAGGAAGAAUUUACGUUUAAGGUCCUUCCAGCCAUAAUUAAUCGAAUCGAGGAAGAUAGUAUUCAAUUGUACAAAAAGAAACAAGCAGAGUUGGAACAAGCCAAGAAAGAAAAGGAAGAGAAAUUGAGGAUAAUGAAAGAAGAAGAAGAAAAGAGAAAAGCCGAGGAAGUUAGACAACGUGAAGAAAGUGCAGCAAAUGCACCACCUCAUGUUCCAAUUAUGGUUCAGAUUGGUGAUCGUGAAGUUGAUAUUGGUGGAACUGAAAUUGAUCCUGAUUUCUUUGAAGCAUUACCUGAUGAUAUGAGAGAAGAAGUGUUUACGCAAUAUGUUCGUGAGAGAAGAGCAAAUGCAACUAAUAGUGGUGCUGAUGUUCGUGAAAUUGAUCCAGAUUUCUUGGAAGCUUUACCUGAUACCAUUAGAGAUGAAAUCCUUCAACAAGAGGCUAUGCAAAGAAGAUAUAGAAUACUCGAAGAACAUAGAGAAGAAGAAGGUGCUGAAGAUGGAGAUGACGAUAUGAUACAAGAAUUUGAUGCUGUUCCGAAUGCUCCAUCCAGGCGGGGAAGUACAGUUCCAACAAUCAAGAAAGUUUCAAAGAAGGUGUUUUUCACUCCAUUAGUUGACAAACCGGGUGUAUCUGCAUUAAUAAGGCUUUUAUUUUCUCCGGUAUCAAUAAGUCAAAGGGAAUAUAUUUAUCAUUCAUUACAAUAUAUGAGUAAUAAUAAACAAACUAGAAUUGAAAUUAUGAGUUUAAUGAUUGCCAUUCUUCAUGAUUGUUUUACAUAUCAACGUCCAAUUGAAAAGAUCUAUUCUCAAGUUUGCAACCGGGCUAAUGGUUCAAAAGAUCAAAAGAAAGUAUACAAGCUUCCAAUUGGAGCUACUCAAAUUUCUGUUGGUAUUCAAAUUAUUGAAGCUGUUGAUUAUUUAUUAGAACGUAAUAGUCAUUUAAGAUAUUAUUUAUUAACCGAACAUGAAAAUCCAUUUAUUGUUAAGAAGGUUCAUAAGAAUGCAGCUAAAUUGAAUAUAUCAUCUAAAGAAACUAAGUUUGCCCUUAAUUAUUUAUUAAUGCUUCUUGAGAAUCCAUUAGUUAUAGAAGAUCAAACAUUUUUGGAUAUUUUAGCUAGAGUAUUACAAGUCACUACCCGUCCUUUACAAGUGAUGCAUAAAAAGCAAGAAAAGGCUAGUCCAUUUGUUCCCCCUACUGUGCCUAGUGAAAAUUAUCGUCAAAUUAUUAAGAUCUUGGCAAGUAAUGAUUGUUCCAAUGCAACCUUUAGAAGAACUAUUAGUGCUAUGCAAAAUAUGUCAGGAUUAUCAAAUGCGCAAAAGAUAUUUUCAUUAGAAUUAUCCGAUCAAGCAUCUUCAUUAGGUCAUAAAAUUAUUAUUGAUUUGAAUAGUUUAACAAAAGAAUUACAGGGAGUCAAUUAUAGUUCUGAUAGUAAAUUAUUUUCCAAAUUUAGUGCUCAUUCAUCUGAUCAAGCUAAAUUAUUACGUAUUUUAACGGCAUUAGAUUAUAUGUUUGAAACCAAAGAACGUGAAAAGAAACAAGAAGAAGAUUCUGAAUCUGGUGGUGACGGUGGUGAUAAGAAGACCAAAGAAGCUUUGGAUGAAAUUGAAGAAUUGACUGGGUUGUAUAGGAAGUUAGCGUUAGGUAAUCUUUGGGAUGCUUUGAGUGAGUGUUUGAGAGUAUUGGAAGAGAAACCACAAUUACAUACUGUUGCCAAUGCAUUGUUACCAUUAAUUGAGGCAUUAAUGGUUGUUUGCAAACAUAGUAAAGUUAGAGAAUUACCUAUUAAGGAUUGCUUGAAAUAUGAAGCCAAGAAGAUUGAUUUUACAAAGGAACCAAUUGAGUCAUUGUUUUUUUCAUUUACUGAUGAACAUAAGAAGAUUCUUAAUCAAAUGGUUAGAGGGAAUCCUAAUUUAAUGAGUGGUCCAUUUGGUAUGUUGGUUAGAAAUCCAAGAGUAUUAGAAUUUGAUAAUAAGAAGAAUUAUUUUGAUCGAAAAUUACAUGAAGAUAAAAAAGAGAAUCAUAAAUUAACUGUUAAUGUUCGUCGUGAACAAGUAUUUUUAGAUUCUUAUCGAGCAUUAUUUUUCAAACCAAAAGAUGAAUUUAGAAAUUCUCAAUUGGAUAUUAAUUUCAAAGGUGAACAAGGUAUUGAUGCUGGUGGAGUUACUAGAGAAUGGUAUCAGGUUUUGAGUAGACAAAUGUUUAAUCCUGAUUAUGCCCUUUUUACCCCAGUUGUAAGUGAUAAAACCACUUUCCAUCCAAAUAGAACUUCAUAUAUUAAUCCAGAACAUUUAUCAUUUUUCAAAUUUAUUGGUAGAAUAAUUGGGAAAGCAAUAUUUGAUAAUUGUUAUUUAGAUUGUCAUUUCUCUCGUGCUGUUUAUAAGAGGAUUUUAAGUCGACCACAAUCAUUGAAAGAUAUGGAAUCAUUAGAUUUAGAAUAUUUUAAAUCAUUAAUGUGGAUGUUAGAAAAUGAUAUAACUGAUGUUAUUACUGAAGAUUUUUCGGUUGAAAGUGAUGAUUAUGGAGAACAUAAGAUUAUUGAUUUAAUUCCCAAUGGUAGGAAUAUUCCAGUUACUGAAGAAAAUAAACAAGAAUAUGUUCGAAAAGUUGUUGAAUAUAAAUUACAAACUUCUGUUGCUGAACAAAUGGAUAAUUUCUUAAUUGGUUUCCAUGAAAUAAUUCCAAAAGAUUUAAUUGCAAUUUUUGAUGAACAAGAAUUAGAAUUAUUAAUUUCUGGAUUACCUGAUAUUGAUGUCUUGGAUUGGCAGAAUAAUACUAUUUAUAAUAAUUAUUCUCCAUCUUCAUUACAAAUCCAAUGGUUUUGGAGAGCAGUUAAAUCAUUUGAUAAUGAAGAACGAGCAAGAUUGUUGCAAUUUGCUACUGGGACUUCAAAGGUUCCAUUGAAUGGGUUUAAAGAAUUAAGUGGUGCCAGUGGGACAUGUAAAUUUAGUAUUCAUCGUGAUUAUGGAUCAACUGAUAGAUUACCGUCAUCACAUACCUGUUUUAAUCAAAUUGAUCUUCCAGCAUAUGAUAGUUAUGAAACAUUAAGAGGAUCGUUAUUGAUGGCUAUUACUGAAGGUCAUGAAGGUUUUGGAUUGGCUUGA